AUGGUUGGUCUCGUGGAUGACGAUUGGGGUCUGGAGAUUUGCUCCCUCCCAAGUCUCAAGUUCGAAUUCCCUAAUCAACAAACGCAUACCAUGGAGCCACAGACUGCAGGGCGUAAACUCUGUUUUUUGAAAGAGGAUGCUGAACUCACCCCUCCGUUACGCCUUGGAGCUGGAGCAUGUGCUGGUAUUAUUGCCAUGUCGGCAACUUACCCAAUGGACAUGGUACGAGGUCGGCUCACUGUCCAAACAGAGAUGUCUCCUCACCAAUAUAGAGGAAUCUUCCAUGCUCUUUCAACAGUUUUUCAUGAAGAAGGCCCUCGCGCUUUAUACAGAGGAUGGCUUCCUUUUAUAAUAGGAGUUGUACCAUAUGUGGGUUUGAACUUUGUUGUAUAUGAAUCUUUAAAAGACUGGUUGAUCAAAUCUAGACCAUUUGGACUAGUUGAAAACACAGAGUUGAAUGUCACAACAAAGCUUGCAUGUAGGGCUGCUGCUGGAACUGUUGGCGAGACUGUUGCUUAUCCUCUUAAUGUUAUCCGUCGAAGGAUACAGAUGGUGGGCUGGAAAGAUUCUGCUUCAGUUGUUACUGGUGAUGGGAAGAGCAAGGCACCACUCGAGUAUUUGGGUAUGGCAUUCAGAAAAACAGUUCGGCAUGAGAGUUUUGGAGCCUUGUACAAGGGUUUGGUCCCCAAUUUAGUCAAGGCGGCACCAUCGAUAGCAAUUGCAUUUGUAGCAUACGAGGUGGUAAAGGACAUUCUUGGAGUUGAGAUGAGGAUAUCUUGUUGA